AUGAGCUCAAAUCCGACCUAUUUUAUCACUGGCGUAAGCCGCGGCCUGGGUAAGGGACUGGUGGCUUCUCUUCUACAGCAACCAUCUACCACCAUCAUUGCCGCCGUUCGCGAUCCCACCACCAAAGCUUCCCAGGCACUGCUCGACCUCCCAAAGUCCGCAGACUCUAAGCUCAUCAUCGUGAAGCUCGACUCUGCGAACGAGUCCGAUGCAUUCGCGGCCGUCAAUACGCUCAAGACGGACCACGGAAUCACAUCCGUGGACACCGUGAUCGCAAAUGCUGGCAUCUCGCACUCGGGCACGUCCAUCAGCCAGACCACCACCGCGGCAACCCUGGACCAUUUCUCUAUCAAUGCUAUCGCGCCUGUGACACUCUUCCAGGCUACUGCUGACCUGCUUAAAGCUAGCAGUACGGGCCGUCCUGCAUUCAUAGCCAUCAGCUCGGUUAUUGGUUCUAUUGCUGGCAUGGAUCAGAUGAAGAGCUUCCCUGCAGCCAUGAGCCCCUAUGGCGCGAGCAAGGCGGCUCUGAAUUGGUUUAUGCGCAGGCUACAUUUUGAGGAGCCGUGGCUGACGAGUUUUGUCUUUCAUCCUGGCUUGGUGACAACUGAUAUGGGGCUUGCUGGGUUGGAGAGUAUUGGUAUCCCUCCUGAGGCUGUAGGGGCUAUUUCGGUUGAUGAAAGUGUUACCAACAUGUUGAAGUUUAUUGAAUCGGCUACUAGCGAGACUAGUGGGACGUUCAGGAACCAUGACGGUUCUAUCCUUCCCUGGUAG